GCCCUCACCUGCCUACUCAACCACGAUGCAUCUACGGACUUACACCACAUCUGUUAUCUUGGUGGCUUCUGCCGCGGCACAGUCCCUCGGGGACGUACUCUCCAAACAUGGCUCGACAUCGAUGCUUCACGGUCUCCUCGUAGACCUGAAGCUCAUGGAGACCUUUGAGACUACCAAGAACUCUACACUCCUGGCCAUGACCGACGAUGCAAUCAUCUACUUAGCAAAAUGGGGCCUGAACCUCACCUCCAUGGAUCCAGACAUCGCCAGGGGAAUCCUGAAGUACCACUUCCUAGAGGGCGCCUACCUAUCAUCGGCUCCCGCGCUCCACGUAGAGACUCAGCUAGCUCGAUCGUCUCUCAAACCAUCCUCAGGCCUCACAAACAUCUCUCAGGGUGCCGUUGUCAAGUUGACAGCAAGCUACGACGGUUCAUACAGCCUCCGCGUGGAAUCCGGCGACCAGAAGAUCAUCCACACUGUCGACACAGACAUUCACCACGCAAACGGCGUAAUCCACACGAUCGACCAGGGUCUGGUUCUCCCCCGUAGUCUAUCAGAGACUAGCAGCCUGGGAGAACUCGACGGUUUCUGGAACACAGUCACCAAGUCCCGUAUGGGCGGCGUGCUCGAGAAGCUCCGUGAUGUGACCGUGUUCCUCCCGAGCAACAAGGCUGUCUGGAAAGGACACUCGAUGCUAGAGUCUUUGAAUAUAGAGGCACUGGAGACGCUCAUCAAGGACCACGUCGUCCCGAACCAUGUCUUGUUCCAUACGUGUUUCCCGCAAAAGCCGAGGAUGGUGACGACGUUGAGCGGCAAGAAGAUUUCCAUCAGCGGCGAUUCCAAGGGACGUAUCUUUGUCAAUGGAAAGAUGGUGAUGAUGCAGAAUGUGCUUAUUAGUGGUGGGGUUGCUCAUAUUGUGGAUGAGCUGCUGUCACCAGAAACAGAUCCUGGCCACGACUCUUCUCCUGGCGCUAUUGGGGCUCCUUGGGGCUUACGUGAAGACAUUGCUCGGGCUGUUGUUGGACUUACCGUCAUCUCUGGUGUCUUCAUCAUUGGUGUUAUUAAAGCUGUCAGAUGGAGGGCCGCCAAACGGAAGGCCUUUUUGCAUUACGAGCCCCUGCCAACCACGCCUAGUGUGGUUUGGGUGGUACCUAAGUAGGUCAGCUGCGACUAAGGUCGUCUUCGGAGACUAUGAGAAUAGCCAAGAGUAGGGGUCUAGUCUGGUCCUGAGCUACAAUGUACGAGCCGGAGUGGUAUAGCAAUCAAGAUGUUAGAAAGUGGCAAUACUACUAGUGGAUCGAGGUGCUCAAUGACGGAAGAGAGAAUGUGUCUCAGUCUUAUUUGAUAGAUGGUCUAUCUGAUAACAUUUGUCU